CUCCAACGCAGGUACACAGCUCGACAGUACCACCACCACAACCGCUACACUCUUACAAGCUUUCGUCCCAAGUCCUGUCAACUCGCGAUAUCCGUCCAGCAGAUCCCACGCUACUUACCCGUGGGACUUCCGCCUCGCAUCCGCUGCACAGACUCCAGCGGAACCUCCUCGGAAGCUCCUCACCCCACCCGCCAUCAUCCGCCAGCAGCAGUCGGACGGAAAGGACAGCUUUCAGUGACCCGAAGGCGUGUCUGCGUGCCCGUUCACGGGGUUGAGUCACGUCGCCGCAUGACGCAAGUCCCUUUGUCUUAGCACCAGUACUCCGUCUUCAACACCUUCACUACCUUACGCGUCCGCCGUCCUCAACCGUUUCUACCCUCCCUUCCGCCACGACAGCUCGAACCACAUAUACCACACGCUCCAAGACCUUUUUAUGAGCCUAUCGCCAGAUCCGCCUCUUUCCAAGUUGUCCUAUCUGUACCAGCAACAACGUAACCCCGCCAAAACUACCUUGGAUACUACCCAUCCUCGCGGCCGGAACGCCUCCAACCAUGAGCUGGGACGAAGACAUAGACAUGGGGAGAGGGUCACUCGAAUCUACCCGCGCGAGAUAGCGAAACCUCCACGGUCCGCCCAGCGCUACUCGUCAACCUCCCCCUCAAGCCCGCCGACCUAUAAUGCCGGCCCUUCUCCUCUCCUCUCCGCUCUGGGCGCCACCAAAACAACCGCGACACACUAUACCAGCGAGUGGACCAAGUCCCUUCCCUUCUUCGGGAACAACGCCUCCCCUGGCCAAGGAGGCAUUCCCAUCAGCGGCUCUCCACCCGUUUUCCACAACUCUCCAGGAGCCCGGGACCCUGUCUAUGGGCACGCUGCCAUGUCGAACUCGCCUCCAGCACCCGCGAUGAGGCCUCUCAGUCACCCAAACCACCACACAACCUUUGGGGGGCGUCUGCAGGGCUCUCCCCAUGAGUUACCCGGUCGCGACCGCAGAGCCUCCAUGUACUCGCAGGUGGGCCAACGGGGUCCCUUCUCCAACAAUCCUCCACUUCCGCAUCAGCCUCAGAGCCAUUACUAUAACCUCCCGGAUUUCAAUCUCGGUCUUAAUGAUGACCUCGCCGAAGGAAUCACUGCAGGCGAGGGCGGAUACCACUGUGGUUUCGAUAGCUUGGCAAUGGCUGGAGACGAUGCAGCAAGGACAGCCGAGAAUGUGCUAGUAGUAGGCUAUCAGGGCGGUGUCGACUUAUUUCGCGUUGAGCGGAGCCGCUUGGAUCUGGUUGGCGGUUUAGAAGGGCUUAGAGGCAGCGUCAUCGGAGCCAAAAUUCUCCCCUGGACCGCCCGACGAGAUCCCCUAGCGGAUUCUCGUCCCCUUAUCGCCCUUGUUCUUCAUGGCCCGGUCCUUCAGCAACCCAGGAGGGCACACAGUGGUAGUACCACUUCCUCUGUGAUUGACGAUGGUUCAUCCGAUUCUCCUAGCCGGCCACCUUCAAGCAGAGGCAAUGACCAGGGAAACACCGUGACCCACUAUCAGACCACCGUCGAAGUCUUCUCGCUGAAGGAGAGGAAGCAGAUUGCCGUCCUGUACAAGAGCCCUUUGAUUCCUGUCAGUAGUCCCGUUGAUAGCCCCAUGUUUGAGCCUCCGGCGCCCGCUGGCGAAUUCGUCCUCGAGGCGAAAGGGAAAUUUGUCGUGGUCGCAUCUGGAACGAGUGGUGAGGUUUUUAUCUUUGCCCCCUACCUCAGAGGACACGAAGAUUAUGUUCCCAAGUUUCGCUGCGUCGGAAAAGUGUGGACCACCGUCCUUCGAAGAGAGAAGGGACUCCAUUCGAGCAGCUCCAGUGCCGCUGACGGCAGCUCGGACGAAGCGCAGCACGAAACACGCGGAACUCCUCUGUUCUCGGUCUCUGAGCGUUGGCUUGCUGUGACGCCCCCGGCGGCGUCGGUCUUGUUACCCGUCAACGGCGUUGCACUGACCUCUCCGUACUACGAGAAGCCUCCUGGUCUGUCCCAUCACACUGUGCCACCUCAACCUUCGCCCAACUGUGCGGUGGACGCACCCGAGGCAGGAAGCCUGAUCGAUCGCCUCACCCGGGAAGGGACCCAAGUUGCCAUCAAGGGUGCGCGCUGGGCGACCGAGAAAGGCAUACAGGCCUUCAAGAGCUAUAUGAACAAAGGAUCACAGCCGAAUAACAAUGCCAUUGGAUAUCACCAUGGGCCAGAUCCGAUGGAGCAACCGUACUUCCCGCCAACGCAUGGCCAGAACCAAGUUCAAAGGCAGGAAGCUACUGUGAUUUCCAUCUACGAUUUGCAACGCCUUUUGGAUGCCGAGGAGACUGGGAGUAAAACAGCCGUUCAUCCUUUGGCUACGAUCCCGGCCGCUUUGGGCUGCAGUUUCCUGUCCUUUGCUCCCACUGGCCUCUUUCUGAUGACCGUCAGUGCGAAGGGAGAUGUGCAAACCGUGUGGGACCUCAAACGUAUCACCUCCCGCAAGGCCAGGAAAACGAGCAGAGAGCAGAUUGUAGGCCCACAUGUGCGCCAGAUUGCGAGGUUCACUCGACUGACCGUCGCGAACGUCGUCGACGUUGUCUGGUCCCAACCACGACCAGAUAGGGUGGCAGUGAUUACUGACAAGGGAACUAUACACAUGUUUCCCAUGCCCGCGUCUGCUUUUCAAUGGCCACCUCCGCGUCGGACCGUCAAGCCCUCUCCUCCCGCGAAAAUUAAAGAAGAGGGUACUGCCACGAAUGAGCGUGGCGGAGCCAUCAGCUCGGCCAUGCAAGCUUUGAACGGAAGUGCCAAACCAUUGUUCGAUGCGGUACGAGCACGCGGCACGAGCAAUGGGUCGCGCUUCCCGUCGUUCAGCAGCCUCGGCCUCACCCCAGCCUCUGGAGCAAAGUCGGGUAAAGCCGUCGCCGCCGGAGUGGGCAAGUCGAUCAACAACAUUCGCCAUUCAGGCGACAACAAGCUGUGGCUAUCGCCAAUAUCAUCGAGUGGUGCCAAACUCAACAGUGUGCGGUGGCUCACGGGGAAGGGACGGGGGUCAAUAGCUUUCGUGUCCGCUGGUGUGUUACAGAUCUACAAGGUGCACAUGCGACCUGCCACUGGUAGAGGAAAGUCUGCGACUGCGCCCUCCAUCUCGAAGACAAAGCUUGCAGAGUUCGGUCUAAGUCCUGUAUCGGCAGCACGGUUUCCGCCCUCUGUUGCCGCUUUCUUGGCUCAUCAGGAGGAGGAGCCCCGAGUCCCCCUUGAGCCUUACGGCGACUGGCUGCCUCGCGCGCUCCCGAAUCGUGGAGGAAAAGGGCGAUCAACUGUCAAGAAGCAUGUUGUAUCCUCCCCGGCUCCAUUGAGCUUCUCCGAAAUUGAGACCAAUCCGCCCUAUCAGCCAUUCUAUACCGAUAGGAGAGUCACGCGGUUCAAGUUCGCCAGGCAACGGCUGGAUGCUAGCACCGAAAGCGAACAACUUCCCACGAUAUCCGAGCUGAGCUCGGAUCUCCACCAUGCAGAUGAGGAUACGCCUUGGCUGUUUGGAGAGGAGGUUGAAGCCGUGCGGAUUGCCUCGCCUGCAUCCUACGCGUAUGACGUGGGGCAAGGAGGGGAUGAAGAUGACGACUCGGUGAUCCGGCUUGGAGCGCGCAUCGAGACGAAGCUGUCCAUGGGAGACGGUGAGGAAGAGGUCGAGCAAGUGGUUAGUACGACGAGGCGUAGACGAGUGAAGGCCGGGGAAGGCCCGGAAGAUGACGAUGGCUUCUUUGAGGAUGAUUGCGAAGUACUUGACUUUGCGGAGGACAGGGUGUGA